AUGGCGUCCAACGCGGACCGAUUGGUCCUGGCCAACGCGAGCGCAAUCCAGACCACUGCUCCCAAUCUUGCAGAUCCCCUCUGCUUCAGUUUCGGGCCACGACAAACUAGCCCCUUUGGUACCGUCACUGCUGCAUUCUUUCACCAUGCCAAAGUCCGCCCCGCGGCCGUAGCUGCCCGGGACUACUCGCGGAAGUCGGUCCGAAACAUCACCUAUGGCGACCUGGCGUCGCGAGCCCGCCGGCUGGCAGUAAGCCUACGGACCUUGGGCGUUCGCCCGGGCGACCGCAUUCCGCUGGUUGUGAAGCGCAGCAUAGAGAUGCUAGUCGGAGUCAUUGCGAUUCUGUCUUGUGGCGCUCAAUAUGUGCCUCUUGAUGGCGGAGUGGUUCCUGACACCACUCUGCGUUUUGUCCUCAAGCAAAGCGGCGGCAGGAUCGCCCUUUGCCUGGCUUCCACAGAGUACCGUCUCACCAGCCUCGAGGGAAUGGAGUGCCAGCCCGUGGUGAUUGAAGAAGCAGACGCAGAGCUUGCAUCUGUUCAGGAAAGCUAUCCGUUUGAGGACAGCUUUGUUGAUCUCGCCAGCGAGGACCUUGGAUGUUAUGUGAUUUAUACUUCGGGCACGACUGGCACGCCCAAAGGCGUCGACGUCAAGCACGGCAAUGUGACCAACCUCAUCUGCCUAGCCCCAGGCAACCUUGGCAUCAAGCCGAGAACGCACGUUGCGUCCGUCCUCAACAUCAGCUUCGACAUGGGAGCGUGGGAGAUUCUUGCCAGUCUCUGCAAUGGCGGUACUCUGGUCAUGAGAGGUUCCGACUGGGACCAAGCCCUUCGCGAAGUGGAUGUUCUCAUCUGCACACCGAGCAUCCUAGCAAAGUACAACCCAGCCAUGUAUCCCCGGAUCAAGGUCGUUGCUACGGCUGGAGAGCCGAGUGGACAGAGGCUCGCUGACCUGUGGGCGACUCACGGCACUUACUACAACUGCUGCGGCCCCACCGAAACCACUAUUGUGAACACCAUGUGCGACCACAUUCCUGGGACUCCCCUAAAUAUUGGCAUCCCGACCCCGAACAACUCGGUGUACGUUCUCGACGAGGAUCUGAAUCCAGUACCUGUAGGCGAGCCCGGCAUCAUGUGGGGUGGCGGUUUGGGCAUCACCAGAGGCUACAUUGGUCUCCCAGAGGUCACUGCCGCCAAGUACAAGCCGGAUCCCUUUGCCAAUGACGGUAGCAUGAUGUAUAACACAGGCGACCUCGGUCGAUGGAGACCCGACGGUGUUCUAGAUAUUCUCGGCCGAGUCGAUGACCAAGUCAAGGUCAAAGGGUUCCGUGUCGAGCUCGAUGGCGUAUCGGCUUCCAUCAAUGGAUGCCCCGGUGUGACGCGCGCCGUUGCUCUAUUGAUUGGCGGCGAAAUUCAUGGGUUCUUGGAGCCUGCCUCGGUGAACCUCGAUGAGCUCAAGCAACAGCUUGCGACAAAACAGCCAUACUAUGCUCGUCCCAGCAAAUAUCACUUGCUGGACACACUGCCCGAGACUGCCAAUGGCAAGCUGGACAAGAAACUCCUCCGCUCCAUGGCCGAACUUUCGCAGUCGCACCAUGACUCAGAAAAGACAUUGGCGUCGAGUGCCUCUGGCAGUAAUAUCUCGACGUCCGGUUCGGAAACCUCUGCGGAUCUCAAGAAAGGCGUCAUUGAAACUGCCAUGGUUCUCAACGAAAAGGCCGAUCUCACUGCCGACAUCCCGGACAAGCUCCUGCAGAAGCCGUACAGAGGACUCAUAUAUCGCAUUUUCAUCGUGUACCGCUUCCUCUUCUCCGUCGUGGGACUCGGCAACAUUGGCGCUCUGGUUGCCAUCAUUGCUACAGGGACUGACAGGCAGUGGCUGGGCACCAUGACGGCCAUCAACCUUUGCCUUGCCGUCAUGAUCCGUCAAGACUUUGUCAUUAAUGCCCUGUAUACCAUCUGUUGUUCCGUUCCCACAUCAUGGCCUCUCUUCAUCCGCAAAAAGUGCGCCAAGAUCUAUCAUUUGGGUGGUGUGCAUUCGAGUGCUGCUGUAUGCGCCGGCAUGUGGCUGCUGGCUUCAAAUAUUGUCAGCGUCACUUGUCAAUUGGCGCCUGGCACUUGCGUCCAGGGGGAGAAGCCCCAGUCGCUGGCCGUGGCAAUCAUUGCAUGGAUCCUCACUGGCUUCUUCCUCUUCAUGUUUGUCUUUGCCUACCCCCCGAUCAGGAAGCGCAACCACGACGUUUUUGAAAAGGUGCACCGCUUCGUCGGCUGGACCAUGCUUGGGCUCUUCUGGGCGCAGUCAGUCCUCACCGCCAACGACACUAAGCGCGAGGGCGAGACACUGGGCGAUGCCGUGCUGCGGGCUCCUACUAUCUGGCUGCUCGUCGUUGCCACCUGCUGUAUUGCCAUGUCGUGGCUCUUCCUGCGCAAAGUCGAUGUCGAGUCCGAGGUGCUCUCGCCUCAUGCCGUCCGUCUACACUUUGGCUACACGGUCCCGGUCAAUGGUAGCUUCACUCGCAUCUCGAGGAAGCCCCUGAUGGAGUGGCAUUCUUUCGCCACCAUCCCGGCCCCCGAAGCCGUCAACGGCCGGCCCAAGGGCUACUCGCUCGUUGUCUCCAAUGCCGGCGACUGGACCAAGGACUGCAUCCAGAACCCACCGACCAAGCUCUGGGUUCGCAGCGUGCCGACCUGCGGCGUCAUGCGCAUCGCGACGCUCUUUGACCGCGUCGUCAUCAUCGCCACGGGCUCGGGCGUCGGCCCGCAGCUCGGCCACAUCCAAGCCGUCGUGUCGAACAAGAACAAGAACCCCAACAAGGUGACCAAGAUGAUCUGGUCCACGCCCAACCCGGAAAAGACGUUUGGCAAGCCCCUGCUCGACACCAUUUACGACAACAUUCCCGACGCCGUCAUCCACGACACCAAGGUCCUGGGCCGUCCCGACCUGGUCAAGAUGGGCUACAACCUGGCCCGCAGCUGCGACGCCGAGGCUGUCAUCAUCAUCGCCAAUGAAAAGAUUACCAAAAAGGUCGUCUAUGGCCUCGAGACUCGUGGCGUCAACGCCUAUGGUGCCAUUUGGGAUAGUUGA